AAUCUAGGGCCGCCUCUCACUGGGGAAGCCAAGCUCGCUGAUGAGAAAAGCAGACGGGGUAGGCUCUUGAAACGUGCAUACAGUAGCUUCUUAGUCAACGAAAACAAAAGGGGAAAGCUGUGAUGGGGGCGUGGGAUGGAGACGAGACGACGACGGGAAGGAAUGCAGGAAGGAAGCAGAGGAAGCCGGAGCAGGGGACAUGAGAGUCCAGAGAUGACGGUCGACGAGCUCACCCGGCGCCGCGAAGGGGCGACUCCAGACUGCGGUUCUUCCCCGGCGGAGGCCAGAGGACCUUGCCUUCCGUCCCCGCCGUUGAUCAUUCGCUGCCACAAGUUUUGGGCGGCCCGAUCGAUGUUCUUCCCUCGUGUGGCCAUUCCUCUGCCAGCAUCGCAAAAUGGUUGCCCCUUCUUGUUGGAUAUUUUUUUACCACCUCCAAGGCUCUCGAAACUUCCUGACAUCUCGAGACUAUAGAUUUUCCCGUCGAGGCGAAUCGGGCACAAUCAACCGCCUUUCGCGAAUCCGAUCCUCCUAUAAAUGGCGCGGUGGAAACGCAGCUUCAUGGUUGUCGUUGGAUUCUGGCGCGUACGGGAAGCAUCCUCGGUCGCAGCUCCCAGCAACCUCUCCCAGCUCGUGCAGUCGUGCUCCGCCUCCGCCUGGCGCCCAUGAACCUUGCUCGCCACGGCGCCCUCACCAAGCUCGGCUUCGCGACGCUGACCUGCAACUCGGCGCUUGCCAUCUACCGGUCGCGGGACGACCCGUGCGCCGUCGCGUUCGUGGCCGGCGCCUACGGGGCCAUCGCGCUGCUCUUCCACCUCCUCCGCAGGUUCCAGCGCGAGGAGGAGGAAGGGGGCGGCGGGGGCAGCCUGACGACCAGAGCCGCGGUGUGGGCGCUGACGACGCUGCUCACAGCGAUGUUCGCGUCGCGGGUGGCCCCGCUGAUGCCGCCGGCCGUCGCCGCCCUGGUCUGGAUCAUGGCGGCCGGAACCGCCGGCGCGGGGUUCUGGGCCUUGUUCAUCCACCGGUGAGGCGCGGAUGCUUGGCUCCUCGCGCUAAGCCGAACAGUGUGGAUCCCCGGCGCUGAGAAGGGAAAUGGAGAUGGAACCGACUUUCAACCUGUCUGACUGUAGCAAAACAUUACUGAUUUUGUGGUUCGGGUUUCUUGCUGCAACUAACUGCUGUUGUGACUGCGGAAACAUUUUGGAAAAAAAAUUGUUUGAGCAUGUAGUAGUGUGUAAUGGAGCUGUCUGCGGAGGCCCUAAUAUUUACUUAUCCUCUGCUA